AUAGCACUUGCCUUUUCCUUUUCCCUUCUCAGAAUGAAUGAGAGCCGUCGCUUUUCUGGGACAUGAGCUAGUGGAAGAAGCGCAGAUGCCUGUGUCUAUUUAGUCCUUGAGCAGAACCUCGCUCUGCCAUAUCAACCUGGAUAGCUAAAGCUAGAGCAUCCAUUGACAGGGUCACUGUGAGCAAUGUGGGGGAUGGCACGCAUCGAUGAGUGGAGGCCGGUGAUGGCAAUGCUGGUCUUCAACCUCAUCUCCGCUGUGAUGACGGCGUUGGUCAAGGAGGCGCUCGAGCAAGGGCUCAACAGCCUCGUCCUCAUCACUCUCCGUCAGCUGGUGGCCACCGUCUUCCUAGCUCCCAUAGCCUACUUCAAAGAACGGAACAAAAGGCCUAGGCUCACGCUGGAGAUCUUUGUGUACCACUUCUUCAGUGCAGUGCUCGGUGCCGCGCUCUCACAGUACACCUUCUUCUACGGGCUCAAGCUCACGACUGCAACUUUCGCCAUAACAUUCGCCAACAUGGCUCCUGUCCUCACCUUCCUGAUCGCCAUAGCUCUGCGGGUGGAAUCACUCAACAUGAAGAGCAAAGCAGGAUCGGCAAAGAUCCUCGGGACGCUCAUGUCGUUCGGAGGAGCGCUGCUGCUGAGUCUCUACAAGGGUGUUGCCGUGACACACCAGAGCACAGCUGCUACAGUACUGAGCUCAGCUCACCAUGCAGCAGCAGCACCUGCAGCUUCCUCUCAAGUAGCAGGUGCCGACAGGAAGAGCUGGAUGCUGGGAACUGUAUCAUUGCUGGCAAACUGCCUGUUCUUCUCCUUGUGGCUGCUGCUGCAAAGCCGGCUGACGAAGAAGUACCCGGCGCUCUACUCCAGCACCGCCAUCAUGUUCUUCUUCAGCGCACUGCAGGCCGGAGCAUUGACAGUGACGAUAGAGGGGCACUCAUCGUCAGUGUGGGUUGUGACUAGGAGGCUGGAGAUCCUCACAAUCUUGUAUUCAGGCAUCAUGGCGUCCGCAGCGGGCUUCCUGAUAAUGACCUGGUGUGUCCACAAGAGGGGUCCAGUUUUCACUGCAGCCUUCAUCCCCAUCAUCCAGAUCAUGGUAGCCAUCAUCGAUUUCUUCUUCCUCCACGAGCAGAUCUAUCUUGGCAGCAUUCUAGGUUCCGCACUGAUGAUAUUUGGGCUGCAUCUGUUGCUGUGGGGAAAGAAGAAGGAUGCCUCGGCAUGUUGUAGUACAGAUAGCAAACAAGUGGAUGAAGAGGCCGAUCGACAAUGAGGAGCAACAAACGACGAAUAAUACUGUAUGUACCUCAGGAGAUAGAUAUAGCUUUAUUUUCUCCUCAUUUUUCCUGGAUCUCUAUCGAUACAUUUGGAUGUGGAAUACCGUGUGCAGCCUGAUCA